AUGCGGUGGCAUCGCGAGUCCGAGCUCGACAACUACAAGCGCGUUUAUACCGGCAGCAAGGUCUCUGUUGAUGAUGCCGAAGGCAUUCCCUCCGGGAAGCUCGCCAAGGCUAUUGAGGAGUUGAAAGCUAUCGGUGACCACCGAAUCAUCGAAAGCCAAGUGGACAGGUUGCCCAGUGAAAUCCUUGUGGAUUUUGACAUGUUCGUGGACAUUGUGGAUGCCUGCCGGCAUGAAUUUGUGGAUCAGGAGAAGAAGAAAGCCGGCUUCAGUGAUGACGA